UCCGUGCUGCUUACAGUGUUGAACUCACUUCGUUCAGUUUAUCGUGUCUCCUCGUAAAGAGAAGUUGUCUUAUUAUUACGUUCACGAGCGCGCGCACAUUUUUUCGUUGAACAACCCUCUCUGUGAUUUGAAAUUUUUUUCAUUUCUCUCUUUCUUUCUUUCUUUCUAUCUAUUAAUCUAUCCUUGUCUCCAUUUGUUUCGCACGUGUGCGUGUCAUCAAAAAAAAAAAAAAAAAAAAAAAAAAAAAAAAAAAAAAAAAAAAAGAAAACAAUUUCAGUAAAAAACAAAAAUAUUUUUAAAAAAUCACACCGAAGGUAUUACGAUAUUUUAUUAAAAGGGAAUAAAAUUUCGUGAAAAUUUAAAGUUUUGAGAAGAGGGAGAAGGUGUCCAUUGUUUUUCCGCGAAAAUUCGAAAAGGGGCGAGACGUAUUUUACUUACGUUUGGAUCGAUUUCGAGCGAACUUCGGAUAAGUCUUUCGUGGACGAAGAAAUCGAGAAAGCGUGCAUGCUGAAACGAUUGACAUUCGAGGUAUCCGAGCACGGCUGGAAGGUCCUUAUGGUAGGAGAAAGGCGUGGCAGAUCUAUUCCGGGCGAGAUCCAAGGGCUAAAGGGUUGGCCCCGUCGUUGGAUCCACUCGGGCAAUAGUUAUAUUUAAAAGCCGUGAAAAUGGCCGAUCGGAGAAAUACAAGAUACGUUGAAGAUCGUGAUAAUGAUAUUAAUAGGCUUCCGAUAUCCUUGGGAAAUUCGGAGAUCAAUAUAGAUAAUGAUUGUUGCAAUAGUAACAAUAAUAAUAACAACAUUAACGAUAAUAAUGAUCGAACAGUUAUGGUAUAUCCGGAGAAGGAUUUGAUCAAUAGUCGAUUAUCUUCAAAUGAUAUUAAAAAUUUAUAUCCGAGAAGAAGGGCACCUAUCGUUGGUUGGCAUAAUGGAAGUCCAACAAUAUUCCCAAGUUCUCCUUGCAGAACUCCUGAACCUGAUUUUUUUAAUAGAAUCGAUUUCGACGGCCAUAUCAGCGAUACUUCAUCGUCCAAAAGUUCAGGUAUUUGUCAAGAUUCAGGUAACACCGAGGAUUUGAGUAGUCUAGCUGAUGAAAGAUUACUUGAAUCAACACCAGCUCGUACGAUAGACAGAAGUAUAGAAUCUUUAUCACCGGAUAAGGAUACUCUCCUGACAAUGUCACCUGAUAAUUUCGGUAGAAAUCGAAUACUGAGUUUGGAAGAUGAAUUAGGAGAUAAGUUUGAUUUCCUGAGUCCUGACACAGAUGGUACGGAGGAUAAUAGAAUGUUCUCAACCACAGGGGAACAUCGUUUGAUCUUUCCAAAUUCGAUGAUAGAAUCAAAAAAGAGUCCUACGACAAAAAAAAAUCCAAAUAACGACGAUUCGAUAAUACCAAUUAUUAUAGCCAAUCCUGGAUAUCAAGGAGACAUAAAAGACAUCAGCGAUUUUGACAGUGCCGUUGAUUUGGAGAAUGAUCUCGAUUCUACAAUCGCAGAUAAGGAAGUUAACAAAAAACCACGUAUACCAGACGGUGGUUGGGGAUGGGUAGUCGUUUUAGCCUCUCUGAUAAUCUCCAUGAUAGCCGACGGAGUAUCCUUCAGUUUUGGCUUGCUUUAUAUCGAAUUUCUUAAAGAAUUUGGAGCUAGCAAGGCGAAAACAGCUUGGAUUGGUUCUUUGUUCAUGGCUGUACCAUUGUUAUCUGGUCCUGUCAUGUCUGCUUUAGUGGAUCGUUACGGUUGUAGGAAGAUGACGAUCCUUGGAGGUCUUAUUUCGGGAUUAGGUUUUAUUCUGAGCUGCUUCAGCAACACCAUCGAGGUAAUGUACUUGACAUUUGGCGUCAUAGCGGGUUUGGGCUUAGGUUUGUGCUACGUCACUGCGGUCGUGAGCAUCGCUUAUUGGUUUGACAAGAAGCGUACGUUAGCUGUAGGUCUUGGGGCAUGUGGUACCGGUAUUGGUACCUUUGUUUAUGCACCGAUGACAACUUUCUUCAUCGAGGAAUAUGGUUGGCGUGGUACUUGUCUCAUGUUGGCUGGUACAUUCUUUAACAUGAUUGUUUGCGGUGCAGUCAUGCGUGAUCCGAAAUGGUGGAUCUUGGAACAAAAAAAACAGGCAUUGUCUUCUCCGAAGAAAUCGAACACCAUCAAAUCCGAGGUCGAUGAUUCGUUCCAUGGAUUUUCUGAUGAAUUUCCAGGCGUUGAGGAAAUUCGACAGAUGUUGAAGAGUGGCAAAACGGAAUACCUACUUCAAAGUCUUGGUACUAGCACAGCAACACCUAAUCGAGCUGCCACGCGUGGUUCAACUUUCAGAAGUGUCGUCAAUUUGCCUACUUUCGUCAAGGAGUGCGAGAAGGUGCCUUUGGAAGUUUUAGAAUCACUCUCCGUUAAUUCAAGACUCUACAAUGUCAUUCUAGAAAAUUAUCCGAAUCUUUUGAAGUGUCGAAGUCUCUCGGAUAAAUUAGUGGAUGAUUCUAUGGGAGAUGAUUACAAGAAAGCUGGCGUCACUAUGUCUAUGAGGAUCAAGAAAGCUGACGAAAAUAAGAAUAUUCAUCCAGAAUAUCAAGAAACAAUUAAUGGCGAUAAGAAAAUUUUGAAUGACGUCAACGAAACCAGUUACUUCAUAAAAAAGGACAUCGUGAUACCAAUGACUGAUACCGAAAAGAUAAAAUCGAGACAUCAUAUACCCGGCUUGACGGAUGGAGUCGUCAGGACGGACUCGUUGCCUUGGCUGAGAAGGCAAUUUAGCACAAAUACACAUUACUUCAAAGACAUUAGGGUUCAUAGAAAUUCGGUUAUGUAUCGAGGUGCAGCAUUAAAUCUUCAGAAAUAUAGAUUAAGAGCCAGUAGCUGUCCAAAUAUUUAUAGAAAUAGUAUGACUACGUUAGCGAAGGAAAGCGAAGAGAAAUGGUAUAGCGAAUUAGUAAAUAUAUUGAAAGGUAUGAUGGAUUUUUCGAUGUUUCUGGAGUUUCAUUUUCUGUUGAUGUCGCUCUCGACAAUAUUAUUAUUCACUUGGUUUAUCGUACCUUACUUCUACCUUGCCGAACAUCUUACUAGAAAUGGUUACUCUGACUCUGAUUGUGCUAAUCUCCUUAGCAUUAUUGGUAUAACGAAUACAAUUGGAAUGAUCGGUCUUGGAUGGGCAGGUGAUCAACCCUGGAUGAACGUCAGUAAAACAUAUGCUUGUUGUUUGGCUAUCUGUGGUAUAUCUACGAUUCUGAUGUCUACGUUCACUAUGUAUUACAUCCCACUGAUUAUCACAUCUGCAUCUUUUGGACUCUUCUUCGCCAGUAGUUUUAGUUUCACGCCAGUUAUUCUGGUUGAGUUGAUUCCCUUGGAAAGAUUUACCACUGCUUAUGGUUUGACUCUGCUCUGUCAGGGUAUAGGUAAUCUUUUAGGACCACCGCUGGCCGGUUGGCUAUUCGAUAUAACGAAUUCUUGGGACAUGUCUUUUACGAUGGCUGGUUUAUGGAUCAUUAUAGCUGGUCUUUUGAUAGGUGUUAUACCUUUUACAAAAAAUCGAAAGAUUUGGGGUAGCGGCCUUAUUGAAAUGGAACGGUUAACUUUGACACAAAACCAAGCAUAGUUGAAUUUUUUUGUUGAUUGAUGUCUAAUAGAUAUAUUAGAAGCGUGAUAUAGCCAUCAAUUAAUUGUUCCGUUUUAAUUAAUAGAAAAGUGAAAAUUGAAUGCGAGAGUAACUUAUAAUGUUAAUUAAUUACUUUUCUUAGUACAAGUUUUUCUCUGUGUUAUUAUUUGGUGUGUAACAUCUUAUUGAAACAAUCGAAACUUCAGGCAAUUAUUGGAUAAAUUCAAAUCGUACUAUCUUUUUACACAUAUACCUAUUGUGCCAGGACAUAUAGUCCUUAUUUCUAGUCUUAAAGUAAUAAUAGCGAGCAUUACGAACAAUUCUUUAUUGAUAAUCAUUUUCGAAUAUUAUGUGAUUGAUUUAUUCGUUCGUUUAUUACUUUAUUUAACAUUAUUAUGAUUCGAAUAUAUUCAUAUUAUAAAUUUUCUAUAAUUAUAUAUUUAUGUAAAUAUUGAGUUGAGCAAAUGAAAAUUGACGUCACUUCAUACUUGGUCGAUAAUUGGAAUUUUCUAACGUUAUCCGUCAGUAAGAAACAUUUUUCAAGCGCCUUCGAUAUGCAACACGGUCUCUUUUACGUAUAUAUGCGUUGCUUAUCAUAAAGUUUCUUACUAACAGAUGGCACUCGUAAGCGGUUAUCGAUCAAGUAUAAAGCAUUACAUAUUUACAGGCGGCUUAAUAUUCGUAUAAAUAAUUGUAAACCAAUAUAUAAUAUUUUUUUUUUGACAUUUCGAUUAAUUUCGAAGAUAUUUUGUUCUAAUCCUUUUCGUAAUAUCGAAAACAAGAAAUUCUCUAUGGUCGUGCCUAAUAAAAGAUGUGCCUUCGAUGUACUUAGGAGCAGAAUUUUGCAGGGCUUCCGAGCAUCGAAGCUAUCGAUGAAUAGUUGCGCGAACAAAAAUUUCAUAAUUUAAGUACGUGUAUCUUAUAAACAUAUAUACAACGAAAUUCGUAAUACAUUUACGAUUCAAGAAAUAAUUGUAUGCUGAUAUGCGUGUUCUUUAUCUUCAUACAUAUUAUAA